GUUACCUGGAAAGCGGUCUAUUGGCGCAGCGGGCGCGGGGGGUUGUGGGAGUGGUGUGUGCCCUCACCUUGAGGACAGUCGGAGGACGGGCGGCGCGGCCCGGGAAGGGUUUACACAUCUCUUGGAACUUAACUGAGGCCUUAGCUGAUUCAAAGUAUGGGAGCAUCCACUUCAACACCAUCUAGUGAUGUGCAAACAGCUUCUGUUGCACCACAGGCAAAGUCCACAUUGUCGGAAUGCCCGAUGCAUCAAACCAAGAAGGAAGGUUGUCCAAUGCAUCAGGCGACUGCAGCAGCCACUUCGGCAGAGAAUGUAUCUUGUCCAACACCAUCACAUCAAGAGAGGGCGUAUGAAUACGUGGAGUGCCCCAUGAGAAUGGGUGACAGACCGGAAACAGAUCCAGUUGAUCCCAGUAAUAUGAUGCCACCACCUAACCAGCAGCCAGCACCAGAUCAGCCAUUCCCCCUUUCUGUAGUCAGAGAGGAGUCUUCCAUUCCUCGAGCUCAGUCAGACAAGCAUUGGGUGUACCCUUCUGAACAGAUGUUUUGGAAUGCAAUGCUUAGGAAAGGGUGGCGUUGGCGUAAUGAAGACAUUACACCUAAUGAUAUGACAAAUAUUAUCAAGAUUCAUAAUCAGAACAAUGAACAGGCCUGGAAUGAAAUACUCAAGUGGGAAGCGCUCCAUGCCAAAGAAUGUCCCUGUGGGCCUUCACUAAUUCGCUUUGGAGGGAAAGCUAAAGAAUAUUCACCGAGAGCUCGAAUUCGUUCUUUAAUGGGGUAUGACCUACCAUUUGAUCGGCAUGAUUGGGUUGUGGACCGUUGUGGAAAAGAAGUACGAUAUGUAAUUGAUUACUACGAUGGAGGAGAGGUUGACAAGGCAACUUACAAGUUCACUGCUUUGGAUGUGCGUCCAGCUCUGGAUUCCCUUACUGCCGUGUGGGACAGAAUGAAAGUGGCAUGGUGGCGCUUGACUUCAUAAACUUUAUUUGGAUUGUAUUAUUUACUGUACAUGCAUAACUUUUUAAAAUUAAAGCAGAAUUAACUAAUGAAUAAUAACUGGAUACAGUUGAAUACAGCCUGCACUGCCUUCGACCAGAUAUUUCUCAUUUGAAAGCUCACCUAUUUUACACUCUUUGCUAUUGCUGUGCAUACAGCUGGUCAUUAUCCAUAUACAUUGUAUAUGGUUUGUAGUUUUUUUUUGCUGUAUUGAAUUCUACAUGUGAAGUAAUUGAUCGGAUAGGUUGAAGAAACCAUCUCAUUUACUGUGAAGUUGUUGAAGAAAAUACUCCUGGGAAUUGCUUUUAUAAAUAGUCCAAUUUUAGUUUCAAAAGUUGUACUUGAUUGCAUUUCAUUUUUUUUUGCUUUUGAGGCUAGAUGGGAUAUCAGGAAUAUGUGGCCAUUAGAUUGUUCAUGUGAUUUGCAUGGAGUAAUAUAAAAUUGUUGCAUUUUCACGGAUGAGCCCAGCACUCUCUCGCCUGCGGCAUUAAGCUAAAGCACUCUAAAAUCCUGAUGGAAAUGGUUGAACUUUAGUAACUGUCUACGUGUACCAGGCUGCUGAUGUGUUUUGAAAAAUGGAGAUUACAGCUACCAUUUUUUAGGUUUUCAAAGAAAGCUUCAGAAAACCACUAGUCUGCCUUGUUAAUUUUUUGGGGAUGUUCUUGUUGCCUUUAUGCAGACAAUAAACUUAUUAAUAUCUCUAA